UCUUCGGAGUCCUGCAGGCGUACCCCGCGCACCGCUCGGGCCUCCGGAGCCGUAGGAGCCCCCGUCCGCGCAGGAGCCGCAGGAGCCCGUGGGGCGCGCACGGCCUGGCGGCAUGGACGCCCCCUCGGUCGGCGUGCUCCUGUCCCUGCCCGUCCUGCUCCAGCUGGCGGCCGGGGGCGGCUCGCCGGGGCCGGGCGCGCUGCUGCGGGGCUGCCCCGCGCGCUGUCGCUGCGAGCCGGACGGCAGGAUGCUGCUCCGGGUGGACUGCGCGGACCUGGGGCUCGCCGAGCUGCCCGCCAACCUCAGCGUCUUCACCUCGUACCUAGACCUCAGUAUGAACAGCAUCAGCCAGCUGCCCCGGUCUCCCCUGCACGGUCUCCGCUUCCUAGAGGAGCUACGACUUGCCGGAAACGCUUUGACAUCCGUUCCCAAGGGAGCAUUCGCGGGACUUCACAGUCUCAAAGUUCUUAUGCUGCAGAAUAAUCACCUAAGACAGGUACCCACAGAAGCUCUGCAGAAUUUACGAAGCCUUCAAUCCCUGCGGCUGGAUGCGAACCACAUCAGCCACGUGCCCCCCAGCUGUUUCAGUGGCCUGUACUCCUUGAGGCACCUGUGGCUGGAUGACAACGCUUUGACAGAAGUCCCCAUCCAGGCUUUCAGAAGCUUGUCAGCGCUGCAGGCCAUGACCUUGGCCCUGAACAAAAUACACCACAUCCCAGACCACGCCUUUGUAAACCUCUCCAGCUUGGUGGUUCUGCAUCUCCAUAACAAUAGAAUCCACUCCCUGGGAAAGAAAUGCUUUGACGGGCUCCACAGCCUGGAGACUCUAGAUUUAAAUUAUAAUAAUCUUGAUGAAUUCCCCACUGCAAUCAGGACACUCUCCAACCUUAAAGAACUAGGAUUUCAUAGCAACAAUAUCAAGCUGAUCCCUGAGAAAGCGUUUGUAGGCAACCCUUCUCUCAUUACAAUACAUUUCUAUGACAACCCCAUCCAGCUGGUUGGAAGAUCCGCUUUUCAACAUUUACCUGAACUAAGAACACUGACUUUGAAUGGUGCCUCACAGAUAACUGAGUUUCCUGAUUUGACUGGAACUGGGGGCCUGGAGAGUCUGACGGUGACUGGAGCACAGAUCUCGUCUCUCCCUCAAGCCGUCUGCAACCAGUUCCCUAACCUCCAAGUGCUAGAUCUAUCUUACAACUUGCUAGAAGAUUUACCCAGUUUUUCAGUCUGCCAAAAGCUUCAGAAAAUAGACCUGCGACAUAAUGAAAUCUGUGAAAUUAAAGUCGACACUUUCCAGCAGUUGCCUGGCCUCCGAUCUCUAAAUUUAGCUUGGAAUAAAAUUGUCAUUAUUCAUCCCAACGCAUUUUCUACUUUGCCAUCUCUCAGAAAGCUGGACCUAUCGUCCAACCUCCUGUCGUCCUUUCCCGUAACGGGGUUACAUGGUUUAACUCACUUAAAAUUAACAGGAAAUCAUGCCUUACAGGGCUUGAUAUCAUCUGAAAACUUUCCAGAACUCAAGGUUAUAGAAAUGCCUUAUGCUUACCAAUGCUGCGCAUUUGGGGCCUGUGAGAACGGCUACAAAAUUUCCAGUCCGAGGAAUAAGGGUGACAACAGCAGCACAGAUGACCUUCAUAAGAAGGAUGCUGGAAUGUUUCAAGUCCAAGAUGAGCGUGAUCUUGAAGAUUUCCUGCUUGACUUGGAGGAAGACCUGAAAGCCCUUCAUCCGGUGCAGUGCUCGCCUUCCCCAGGCCCCUUCAAACUCUGCGAAUCCCUGUUGGGUAGCUGGCUGAUCAGAACUGGAGUGUGGACCAUCGCGGUUUUGGCCGUUACUUGUAAUGCCUUGGUGACUUCGACGGUGUUCAGAGCUCCUCUGUGCCUUUCCUCCAUAAAACUGCUAAUUGGGUUAAUAGCUGCCAUGAACAUGCUCAUGGGGGUCUGCAGCGCGGUGCUGGCUGGCGUGGACGCGGUCACCUUCGGCAGCUUUGCUCAGCAUGGUGCACGGUGGGAGCAGGGCGUCGGUUGCCAAGUCGUCGGUUUUUUGUCCAUUUUUGCUUCGGAAUUAUCUGUUUUCCUGCUUACUCUGGCAGCCCUGGAGCGUGGGUUCUCUGUGAAAUGCUCUGCAAACUUUGAAAGGAAAACCCCCUUUUCCAGCCUGAAAGCCAUCAUUUUGCUGUGUGCCGCCCUGGCCCUGGCCCUGGCCUCAGUUCCCCUGCUGGGUGGCCGUGAGUACAGCACAUCGCCGCUCUGCCUGCCACUGCCCUUCGGGGAGCCCGGCACCACGGGCUACAUGGUGACCCUCGUCUUGCUCAACUCCCUCUGCUUCCUCGUGAUGACCGUGGCCUACACCUGGCUCUACUGCGGCCUGGACAAGGGCGACCUGGGGAGCGUCUGGGACUGCCCCAUGGUGAAGCACGUGGCUCUCGUGCUCUUCACCAACUGUGUCCUCUACUGCCCCGUGGCUUUCUUGCCCUUCUCCUCUUUACUAAACCUCACCUUUGUCAGUCCUGAAGUCAUUAAGUUUAUCCUUCUGGUGAUUGUCCCACUUCCUGCCUGCCUGAACCCCCUUCUGUACAUCCUCUUCAAUCCCCAUUUUAAGGAGGAUCUGGGGAGCCUGGGAAAGCACACCUACUUCUGGACAAGAUCACAACACCCAAGCCUGAUGUCUGUUAACUCGGAGGAUGUCGAGAAACGGUCCUGUGACUCCACCCAAGCCCUGGUGACCUUCCCCAGAGCCCGUGCAGCCUGCGACCUGCCUCCCAGCCCCCGGCUCCACCAGCACAUCCAGUGACUGAAAGCUGUCGUCAUUCGUCUGUGGCAUUCGUCCCAUGUCUCUAAUUAAUAUGUGAGAGAAAGUUUUCAAAAAUCGAAAAUCCAAAAAUGUGAGAUUGAGUACAGCUGAACAGUAACAAAAAGUGCUCGGUUGAAACUUGACUUCUUUUAAAAUCUCAGUGUGAAAAGCUGAAAACGUACUGAUACUAGAGAGUGAAAAAUAAGUCUAAAUGCUGCUCGUCAAAUUCGUUCAGCUGAGAGAUGGAUCAGUCACACUAUUUAGGUAAGCUAGAUUUUAAAAAAGCAGAUGGAAAUGUUCAAAAAAGAUUCUCCAUGAUUUCAUUUCAAUUCUUUUUAAGCUCACCAAUCUAAUGAUUUGGGGCAGGGGGACCACUUGCUUACAAAAGGGAUUUUAAACCAGAAAACCCCUUAAAAGAUGGUUGGAGGUAUUAGGAAAACAAGAGUUUUAAGUGGCCUCCGUUACUCGGUAGAGGCUGUGAAGGUGGGAGUUCAUUCUAAUGACCAGGUGGAUGUGUGUUAGUCCUCCCCUACUUUGCCCCGCCAGGUCACCAGUCCCCUGUGAAUGGGUAAUGUAAGGCACUAUUAAUUAAUUCAUAGUCAUGUCAUUUUUAGAGAUGCCGGAUUUAAUGUUUCAGUACUAGAUGGUUCCACCCUCAGUGGAAUAAAACUGCUUACAAAUAUUUAGAAAGGAAAAUGAACUUAAACUCUUAAAUUGCCAUGAAGGCAAUCAUGAACAGGUGAGCUUUGCCAUAGCGAAUUCAUUUUUAACUCCUUGGUGCCCAGAGCUCAGAAGAAAAGUCCAUUGCAGGCAAUGGAUGCACCUAGAAAAGAUGGUCGGCAAUCUGGGAUUUUUUUUUUCUGGGUGAGAGCACAUUUUUCGCAGGAAUUCUUAUCAGUUGAUUCAAACUGAUGUGCAUCUUAAGGUAAUGAUCAAAUGCAGACACGACAUAACUUCUCACACGUGUGUCUCUAGUAGCAACAAUGUCUGAAGCCACUUUGGACUCAGCAGACUCGGUAACAUGUAACGCUGUUUAGUUAGCGUGGUUUUAGCUGUGUCAACCCACUUGAUGUCAGGAACACGACUUCUCUGCUUAUUCCUCAUUUAAUACGUAUGUUAGGCAUUUGAAGAGGUGAAAUUAUUAAAUACUGAAGGUCAAAGGAUGAAUUCUAACUUCUGUUUUACUACAUUAGCUUCAAUGCAUCCAAAGCAAAAGACUGUUAGUAGAUUUAUUUUUGUAUAAGCAUGUUUAUUUUGAUCAGAUGUUUUAACUUGGAAUUGAAAAAAAUGCAUUUAUGAGAUGUUUUAUAAGAUGUGUAAAUACAGAACUGUAUUUAUUACUACAGUAAAGAUUCAGUAACACUAAGGACCAUGAUAAUAAACCAUGUACAGUGGCAUAUUCUUCCAUAUAUAUUGUGUUUCUCUGCCUAUUUUCUUAAAAUUCAUUAAUUGUGUGUAAUAUAUGUAAAUGUACAGUACUUGUAAAUAGAUUCCAAACUUGCUUUUCUA